AGACUACCCGCCAUCAUCACUCUUUCCUUUGAGGUCUUUGGUUGAACUACCGUUGUGAAAUAUCGCGAUAGCUGCGUCCAUAAUCACUACGUAAUGUGCCGUGCUGCUUCUAGCGGCGCUGGUGACAGUGCUGAAAGCUGUUGGGUAUGAAGUGAAACAACUGAAUUUUUGUACCAUCCGCAACUGCUUCAAGUUCAGAUCGCAACCAAGAAACUGAAGAUAAACCUCCCAAAACAAAGUUGCAACGCUGAAGACACGUGGGGAACAAAGGGAUCACUUCAAGGAUUUAAAACACAAAGUAACCAAAUCCUGAAACGACCAAAGAAUACGAACACCAUCAGCCCAACUGAAACACAGAAGAGAAGCAAUCCUAUGCCCAAGCGUAUUCUGAGAAGACUAUAUCUGAUCUGAAACCAGAAGUUUGUGCCUACUCAACAGCUUUGACAAAGCACACGUCCCAACGCUGCUCCUAGCCCUCCUCAUCCUCACUACACCGCCGACUCACCACCGGGGUGUGGAGUGGGCUGCUAUCUGCUAGUUUUCCCCCAUAGAUUCCCCUUCUUUCCCUCCCUCUUAUUUCCCCCUCUGUUCUCACUGUAUUUUUUUCUAAGCAGUGUUAUUGCACCUGCGUUUGCCUUUUUUGCGCUAGAUUUCUCCCCCUUUUUUUACUUUAUGCAACCAUUUAGGACUUGUGCCAGAAACUUGUAAAGUGUCUGUGUUUAACUGUGUGCGUGAAGAGGUCUGCAAAAAAAAACACAAAAAAACAACGAAGUCAACAACAUCCUGAGAAUUUCAAGAUACAAGACAACAAGUAAGACAUCCAGCGAUCUAUCAUUGGGUGGUUGCAUAAGAAUAGUACUUAACAGUCAAGCAAAAAAUUCAAAUCAAGUAAUCGAGUUCAGCGAGUGCUCAAGCAAGUUUGGUCCGAGUUUAUGGGAAAAUAUGGGCAGCCCCUGGAAAGGCUUUGUUGAGUUUACCUUGCCUGCGUCGCCACCCACCGCGUUCGUUAGCGCUGACCUGAGCAGCACCUCCCCUGUCGGACUCAGCCUGUCGCCAUAUGGCCGAUCCCAGCAUAUCCAAGUCCUAGCCUCUGUGUCAGAAAUGGAAAGAGGCUCCUCUGAACCUCCAGUGGCUCGCAACACUGGGUCUGCCCCUUCUACCUCCACUGGUCCCAUGCCUAUUCCCCGUUCCUCCUCAAUGUCUUGCCAUCCCCACCAAGGAAGUAAAAAACUCAAGCGGACUCCCUUGUAUCAGAGAUCAAUGAGUUUUGACCCAGGCAUGCUCCAUAACAAUGGGCACCCUGCGUAUGCCAAUGGCACAGGACCUGGCAUUAGAGAGACUGGUGUGGUGGAGAAGCUCUUGACCUCCUAUGGGUUCAUCCAGUGCUCUGAACGUCAAGCUCGUCUCUUCUUCCACUGCUCCCAGUACAAUGGCAACCUGCAGGAGCUUAAAAUAGGAGAUGAUGUAGAAUUUGAGGUAUCCUCUGACAGGCGCACUGGCAAGCCCAUAGCAGUGAAGCUGCUUAAGAUAAAGCCAGAGGUGCUGCCAGAGGAGCGGAUCUCGGGCCAGGUGGGGCCAGACCUGCACGCCUAUCCCUUUACUGUGCUGCAUGGUUAUAUUCAUCCAGUUGUUUCAUCAAUCCCACUGCACUUGGAUGGAAAGUCUGCUCCUGGCCAGGUGCCCACUGGCAGUGUAUGUUAUGAAAGAAAUGGGGAAGUGUUCUAUCUUACCUAUACUCCUGAAGAUGUGGAAGGGAAUAUCCACCUGGACACUGGUGACAAAGUCAGCUUUUACAUGGAGACUAAUAAGCAUACUGGUGCAGUCAGUGCUCGUAAUAUUCAGCUUGUGAAGAAAAAGCAGAUGAGGUGCCAGGGUGUGGUGUGUGCUACAAAGGAGGCCUUUGGAUUUAUUGAGAGGGCAGAUGUGGUGAAGGAGAUCUUUUUUCACUAUAGCGAGUUCAAGGGUGAUCUGGAGGCUCUUCAGGCCGGAGAUGAUGUUGAGUUCACCAUCAAAGACAGAAAUGGUAAGGAAGUUGCAACAGAUGUGAGGCUGCUCCCCCAAGGAACUGUCAUCUUCGAGGAUAUCAGCAUCGAGCAGUUUGAAGGCACCGUUGUUAAGGUCAUCCCCAAGGUUCCCACUAAAAACCAGAAUGACCCUCUACCAGGGCGUAUCAGCGCAAGGAUUGGAUUCACUGACAAGGAACUGCCAUUUGGCGAGAAAGACACAAAGUCCAAGGUGACACUUUUGGAGGGAGAUCACAUUCAAUUCAACAUCUCUACUGAUCGCAGAGACAAGCUGGAGAGAGCAACCAACAUCGACAUCCUCCCAGACACCUUCGACUUCACUAAGGAGACCCGAGAAAUGGGGGUGAUUGCAGCUAUACGUGAUGGGUUUGGUUUCAUUAAGUGUGUGGAUCGGGAUGCCAGGAUGUUCUUUCACUUCAGUGAAGUCCUGGAGGAGAGCCAACUGCACAUCUCAGAUGAAGUGGAGUUCACUGUUGUGCCUGUAGGUCCUGUUUAUAAGCUUUUCAAAAAAGAUAUGUUGUCGGCUCAGAGGAAUCAUGCAGUGCGCAUCAAGAAGCUUCCGAAAGGCACAGUGUCCUUCCAUACCCAGUCUGAGCAGCGAUUUGUGGGUGUUGUGGAAAAAGAGGUUCUUGCAACCACCAAGAAUGCCAGUCCCACCAAGGGCAAGGAAAAGAAAAAAGACAAGGGUAAAGUUGUAGAAAAGGAAGCAGAGGAAGGAGUGAUUGCAUAUGAAGACUGUGGAGUGAAGCUCACUGUGCCAUACCAUACCAAGGACCUGGAGGGAGGAAGUCACCCUCAGACUGGAGACAAGGUGGAGUUCUCAAUCAAUGAGGUGAAGCGAACUGGCCAGCAGAGUGCUGUCUCCAUCCGGGUCCUCAACCGUAAUGCCUCCAAUGCCAAAAGACUGCAUGGAUUUGUUGCCACACUGAAAGAUAACUUUGGCUUCAUUGAGACAGCAAAUCAUGAUCAGGAAAUCUUUUUCCAUUACAGUGAAAUGUGUGGAGACUUGGAGAACUUGGAGCUGGGUGACACAGUGGAGUACACUCUCUCAAAGGGAAAAGGAAACAAAGUCAGUGCUGAAAAGGUUACCAAAGUGGCUGCAGUGAAUGGCACUGGUGAAGAUGUUGGUACGUCAGUGAUGAUGGGGAAAGUAAUCCGACCCUUACGCAGUGUGGACCCCUCACAGACAGAUUACCAAGGACUUAUUGAGGUCACAGAAGAAGGAGGACCUAAAGGGCAGCAUUAUCCCUUUGGAAUCAUGGGUAUGGCAAACAAAGCAGAUUGUCUACAGAAAGGAGAACUUGUGAAGUUCCAGGUCUGCACGGUAUCUCAGACUGGACAGAAGAUGGCCUGUAAUGUGGUCCCUCAGCGCAGAGCGAUGGUGGAGUGUGUCAAAGACCAGUUUGGCUUCAUCACAUAUGAAGUUGGUGAGAGCAAGAAGCUGUUCUUCCAUGUAAAAGAGGUGCAGGAUGGUCUGGAGCUCCAGACCGGGGAUGAGGUGGAGUUCUCUGUUGUCCUCAAUCAACGCACAGGAAAAUGUAGUGCCUGCAAUGUUCGCAGAGUCAGUGAGGGGCCUAAGCCAGUGGUGACGCCUCGUCCUGACCGUCUGGUGAACCGACUGAAAAGCAUCACUCUGGAUGAUGCCAGUGCUCCACGCCUGGUGAUUGUAAGACAGCCCCGUGGUCCUGACAAUUCAAAGGGCUUCAAUGUGGAGCGCAAGACUCGCCAGCCUGGUGUCAUUGACUGAGCAAUACAGAGCCUGGACUGUUUGGUGGGACACUGUCUCAAAAGGCAACAGCAGGGGAUAAGGGAAUUUGAUUUGACACAUGCUUGUACACAAACUCAUCCACAGACAUGCGCACACAUACAGUAAUCGGCAUGUGUAAUCUUUGUCCCCAAUGAUACCUGUGCGGGAACUCCUCUUAUUCCACAGUUCCCUGCUUCCCAUGUAUGAUGUACUUGAUAAAGAGCUCCACACUGCAGUGUACAUGGGAUCUCUGAGUGUGUGCGUGUGUGACGUAUCCUAUCAGUGAUUAGUGUGUAACAGAGGUAUUUGUUUCAGAGGGCUUUGUCCCUCUAAAUCAGAGUGAUGACUGUGUGGCUGUUUAUGUUCUGAUCUUUUGAAUCUGCUUCGUCUGGAAUUCUGCACCUGUAGUUUGACUGGGUGAAAGAGUGUGACUGCUGGCAUGUCUUUAAACCUCUGCUCCAUUUUUGUUCCUCAUACUUUUGCUCCUUUACCCAUGGAAAAUUAAACAAUUUCAUUAUCAAGUUUCCUCUACUGUAUGCUUUCCUACAAAAUGCAUAAAGCAAGUUCCCUCCAUAAGGAGGAUCAUAUUUGUCAUAUGUGCGAGCUUAAACUGAGGAUUCUUCACUGCUCGGUUUUUUUGAGCAGUUUUAAAAUGCUUUAUUGAAGAGCUCAAGUGAAAGCAUGGUGUGUGUGUGAUGUAUGUGAAUGUCAAAGUAAAUCUAAUGGGAUGUCCUUUUACCAAUAUGGAGCCUUUAGAUACCUUUUUGGUAUUCACAUGCUCCACUUAAGCAAUUUUUCCCAGGUGCAGAAUUUCUUGUGGCAUCUUAUAUCUGCAGUUCUUUUAUACUUGUUUUCCUUGCACAUAUUUCUGCUUAAUUUUUUUCCAUUGAAACUCAGUCUGCUAAUGAAUAAGAAAGAAUAAGGUGCCUAAAACCUACAAGCAAAAUGAAAAAGGAAAAAAAAAGAAAAAAAAAACAAAAACAACAAAUUUAGAUGUAUCCUCUGUUCCCAGCCAACCGCCAAAAUAUUCAGAACAAUCUUAGGGUGGCUUUCUUUUCUAGUAGAAAUAAUACUGAUAUGCAUCCCAAACCUGUGGGUUGAACUAUACUAUGUAAUGUGUGCUUUUUUUUUUUUUUUUUUUUUCUUUUUUUUUUUGUUCUUAGUGAAAGUUCAAACUUCAGAUAUGGCAUAAAUCUAACUUAAAGAUGGAGAAAAAAAACAGAAUAAAAAAUGCAUCUAGAAUCAGGUUAUCAAUUAUUGUGCUCUGGAGUCGAAGUGGGCGAGCUGUUGUGCCUCAGCACAUUGCGUUACUGUCAAGUUUAAUUUCUUUGGAGAUCACCGGGUUUCAGUUGAACCACAUACAGAGGUUCUCAUGUACUUUUGUUAAUGGUCGAAUGAAACGAUUGAAUUAAAAUUUUAUGAAAAUCA